GCCAAUAUUGCAAAAUGGUGUUUGAAGUAGAUCUUGUUGUUACUGGUGUAGCUGAAAUCCUGAAGAAAUUAGUGUCUAUUGUUGCUCAAGAGAUUGCUCUUACUUGGGGUAUCGAGGAUGAGCUGAAAAAACUUGAAAGAACCUUGGAGAUGAUUCAGGCUGUAACUGUUGAUGCUGAGAAGAAGCAAGCAAAUGAUGCUGCUGUCAGACUUUGGUUGAGAAGGCUUAAAGAUGUUGCUUAUGAUGCAGAUGAUGUGUUGGAUGUUUUCUCCUAUGAAGCCAUGCGUAGGCGGGAAAUGAAUCGUAAGAUAGAUAAGGUACGCGCGUUUGUUACAUUCUCGAAUCCACUUGCAUUUCGCUUAAAGAUGGCUCAUAAAAUUGAAGAUAUCAAUAGAAAAUUAGAUGAAAUUGCCAGUGAUAAGGAUAAGUUUCAGUUGCAAGUGACUAGUGGUAGUAUUUGUAGUGCUCACAAUCAGACUAUUAAGCCAUGGAACCGAGUAACGUCUUCCUUUGUAGAUGAAUUAAAAAUUGUAGGAAGAGAGAAUGAAAAGUUAGAUAUAGUGAAGAUGUUAAUGACUAUCCAUACAUCAUCAUCUGUAAGUUUUAGACAUGAAGAAAAAGUUCCGGUCGUAUCCAUAGUGGGUAUGGGGGGGAUUGGGAAGACUGCAUUAGCACAAUUGGUGUUUAAAGAUGACACAAUUGAGAAAAGUUUUGAAUUGAGAAUCUGGGUUUGUGUAUCUGAUAAUUUUGACAUCUAUAGGAUCUUAAGAAACAUAGUCGAGUCCAUUACAAGAACAAAGUAUGAUGAUGUAUCCAAUAUGGAGGUCUUGGUAGGUAAUGUUCAUGAAAAGUUGAGUGGGAGGAGAUAUUUAUUAGUGCUUGACGAUAUGUGGAAUGAGAAUGCAGAGGACUGGGAGAAUCUUAGGAGUUUGCUAAAUGUGGGAGCUCGAGGGAGCAAACUCUUAGUCACUACACGUAACAACACAGUUGCAUCCAUUGUUGGGUGUGUAAUUCCUGCGUACAAUUUAAAACAGUUACCCGAAGAUGAAUGCUGGUCUAUUAUCAGGAAUAAAGUGUUUUCUCCUGGCGGAGCGUCUGAGACUCCAAAUAUGACAAUCAUAGGGAAGGAGAUAGCGAGAAAAUGUGCUGGUUUACCACUUGCUGCAAAUUUUCUUGGAAGUCUUAUGCGCUUAAGAAAAGAUGAGAGUCAUUGGAUGUCAAUUCGGGACAGUGACAUUCUGAAUGCAGGGGAAAGUCAAAAAAGAAUCAUAUCAAUUCUGAGAUUGAGCUAUGAUAAUUUGCCGUCACAUCUGAAACAAUGCUUCUGCUACUGGUCUUUAUUUCCGAAAGGUUUCAUGGUUGCUAGAGAAAGUCUGAUUCAAAUAUGGAUAGCUGAAGGAUUCCUUCAUCCAUCUUACGGAGGAAAUGGAAGAUCACUCGAAGAUAUUGGAAAUGAUUAUUUUGAGAGUUUGGUUUCUAGUUCGUUCUUUCAGGAAAUAGAGAAGGAUGAGUUUGGUGACAUCCAAGGAUGCAGGAUGCAUGAUUUUGUACAUGAUCUUGCACAAAGUGUCGUCGACAUUCAUGAGUUCACAGGCCUGAAUGUGAGUGCCAUGGAGAAUAUUUCUGAAAUUCGUCGACUGCAAUUAGACUCAGAUGAAAGAAUAUCUCAAACAUUUCCAGAAGUCUUAAAUAGUGCAAACAAAUUGCGCACAAUAUUUUCUCUGAAUGAAGAUUUUGUGGGAAUCAAUGAUUUGAUUGGUAACAAGAGCUUGCGUGUAAUAUUGCUGCGCGGUGGAAACCAAAUUCCAGCUUUUACUUUUAAGUUUAAGCAUUUGAGGUACCUCUCCCUCUCAGAUUCUGACAUUGGAGGUGUGUCCAUCAGCCAACUUUACAAUUUGCAGACAUUGGUGCUUUUUCGUUGCGUUAACAUUCAAAAGACUGUCAAAUACAUAGGGUGUUUGAAAAAUCUAAGGCACUUACAUCUCAUGUAUUCGGAUGUAAAAAUGCUACCUGAUUCUGUCGUUAGCCUCUCUAAUUUGCAGACAUUGGAUCUCUUUGCCUGCAGAUUGUUUGAAGCGCUACCCUUAAGAAUUGGGUUGUUGAAACAUCUAAGCUGCAUUGAUCUCUCAUUUACAGCAAUCACAGAAUUACCAGAUUCAGUCACUUGCAUCAGCCAUUUGAGAAUGUUGAAGUUCGCCAAUUGUAAAAAUUUAGAUGCAUUACCUGGAGAAUUUGGAGCAUUAGCACAAUUAAGGUGCCUUGAUUUGGGUGGUACGAAGAUUAAAUUAUUGCCUGAAUCAUGCAUUGGCAACCUCUGCAAUUUGGAGAUAGUGCAUCUUGGAGAUAAGUGUGAGUUCCCAAAUGAAGUUAAGAACUGGCCGAAAUUGAGACGUCUGACACACAAUGGAGAAGACACAUCUGAUGCAAUAAUGCCCAGAGGUAUAGAAAUGCUAACUUCCCUGGAAGAAAUAAAGCCUUAUGUGGUGAGGAAAGAAGAGGUCUCUGUCGCGACCAGUAAUUCUAGUGGCAUUCAAGAAUUAGCAAGCCUAAAUUCCCUUCAGGUGUUGGUAAUAAAAAAUCUAAGCAGGGUGAGAGGCGAAAAAGACGCUAAGAGAGCAAAGUUAAUGGACAAGCAAAAUAUUCAAUAUCUGGAACUACACUGGGAAGACUUAUCUGGUUGUGAUGUCAACCAUGAUAUGGUGUUGGAAGGUCUGCAACCUCACUCCAACUUGGCAGAAUUGAAAAUAUGGGGAUUCCAUGGGUUAAAGCUUCCGAAGUGGAUGGAUUCAUCUUCUAACAGCCUCCCGAAUUUGGUGAAGUUAACCUUGCUCGAGUGCGUUAGUUGUGAGCAGCUUCCAGCACUGGGUGGACUCCCAUUUCUUAGAGUCCUUCAGAUUGGUGUAAUGAAGUCGGUGAAGUAUUUGGGUCAAGAGUUUUAUUACCAAGGGAAUGCACAAGAAGAAAGCAGCAUUUCUGGAUUUGCAACACCACCAACAUUUUUCCCUUCAUUAACUCAGUUGUUCAUUGCAGGGAUGAAACUUUUAAAAGAAUGGGUUGCUCCUCCACCACCUUGCAGUUCUUUCCCUUUCCUUGAGGUUCUUGAGAUUGUUGACUGCCCUGUCUUAACAUUGCUACCGGAUUUACGGUUACAGACUUCUCUCCGCAAAUUAACCAUAUGGAAGUGCGAGAAAUUGAAGGAGUCUAUACCGUAUGAUCUCAAGAAAUCCCUCACAUUUCUUGAAAAACUGGAAAUUGAUUUUAUUCAAAAAGACGAGCAGCGAGGAGUCCAGCACCACCCAAAUCAGUAACCGGCAGGUCAUCACUGAAUUACCACAUCAGCUCUUGGUUAUGGAAUGCAGCUGGUGAGUUACUUUUUUCUUUCAUAUCUAUGUUAUUGUUGUAGGAGUUAAAUAUCGCACAUAUUAAUAAUCACGCGAAGUGAAGAAUACAACAUACGCGAGGAAUAUCGCACAUAGUAAAUUGAGAUGUCACAUCAGAUGACAUCAGCAAAGUCACGAGUAAAGUGUGAGGAGUUAUGCGAAGAUGUAAGAUAUGUGAAGAUGAGCGAUUGUAUAUGAGCGAAUAUGUCGCACAAAGAUCCCGAAAAUAAAGGGAUUCUUAGCUGUCAUCCACUAUGUAAAACCCUAUAUAAAGGAGAGAGUAGUUGUCUUGUAAAGGAUUCUAGGACAAGUUUCGUAAGAGAGGUUGAAAGAGAGAGAAAGUGAGUUUAGUUUACAAAAAGUGUUAUUGUAGAUUUCCAUCUAUCUUGUAAACAAUCUGAAUAUAUUCAAUUAAUAAGAUCAUUA